AUGAACAAUAUGAACGCUUUUAUCGAGCAUGUGCUCGGCAUACCUCCUACGAAAAUGAAGACCAAGGCUUUUGACGGACUCCUUGGUGGUGUCAAAGCUUACUUUGGUGUUGUGGAAACCCAGGGCGGCGGCACACUGCAUGCUCACUUCCUCGUUUGGCUCACUGAUGCGCCACCCAACACUGACGCGUUUAGUAAAGCCACAGCUGAACACGGCGACCAGUACUACCGUGACAUCGCCGCCUAUGUCGAUAGCAUUGUCAUUACUUCAUUGCCUCUUGACGUCGCAGUGAACUGUCAGUUUUGUGGACACUCGCUUGAAGGUUUGCUCGCACUGCCGAUACCACGUGAUGCGUACGAGAACACCAACGCGGGUCGAAGCAAUGCUCAGGGAGAGCCACUGCUCGUUUAG